CGCCCGCCUCCCUCUCCGGCUCCUCCGCUGCACUCGGCGCUUGCUGCAGCCUCCCCUGCAGCCCCCGCCGGCCCAGGCUGGUGCUUCGCCCGAGAGCAAGGGGACCAUCCGAGGCGGCAUCCCCGGCCGGGAUCCCUCAUCCUCCCCCCCGGCCCCAGCUCUAACACCCGCUCACACACGCGCCCGGUGUGCAGGGGGGUGUUUUUCCGUGCCCCGUCUCCCUCCUUGUUGGUCCUCUGGAAGCGAUCCGCCCGGGGGGAGAAGAAGAGAGUCACCUCCCCCCGCCUGUAGCCCAGCCUCGAUGAGUGCCAAGGCGUUGAAGGAGCUGAGGCUACCUCUGCCGCCUUGUCUCUUCAACCGGACCUUGGUCUCUCCCAGAGGAGGAGGAGGAGGAGGAGGAGGAGGGGAAGACCACGGCGGCGGCGGCGGCGGGACCUGCAUCACCCAAGUAGGACAGCAGCUCUUCCAGUCCUUCUCCUCCACGCUGGUCCUCAUCGUCCUGGUCACCCUCAUCUUCUGCCUGCUCGUCCUGUCCCUCUCCACCUUCCACAUCCACAAGCGGAGGAUGAAGAAGCGGAAGAUGCAGAGGGCCCAGGAGGAAUACGAACGGGAUCACUGCAACGGCGGCGGCCACGGCGGCGGCGGCGGCGGCGGCGGCGGCGACGGGAGCGGCCUGAGGGCUCCCGGUUCCGUCUCCCGGGUUGGGAGAGAAAGCCGGCUGGAAAAACCACCCCAGGACUCUGGUUUCUGCGCCUCCUCCCGGUCCUCCUCCUCCUCCCGGUCCUCCUCCUCCUCCGGCACGCAGCAUCCCGGGCCUCGUCCCCUUCCCGCCGCCGCCGCCGCCCACCCUUCGUCCACCUGUUUGGACCUAGCCGGCCAGGGGCCCUUGCAGACGGUGGUGUUGUCCUGAUCGCCCAGAGACUCCCUCUCCCUUUGCCCUCCUCUCUCCCUUUCCCCUCCCCUCCUCCCUCCCGGCUCCUUCCCCUGCUCCUCUCCCACCGAGGCACUGUGUGGUGUUUGUAAAUACUGGGCGGCGAGGGUCUCGGAGGGAGAAGGCGACGACGGUGAGGAUCUCACGGUGAUCGUGGGGAUGACGACGACGACGGCGACGACGACCGACCGCAUCGCGUUGCUCGCUGUCCGGAAAGGAUUCGUCUUUUUGUGUGUUUCCCUACGUGGAGAAGAAACCGCACAACGCAACCAGAUAGAGAACCGUCGAGGACGGGGAGGAAGAAAGGGGUGGGUGCUGAGGGAAGAUGAGGAGCCCGGGAUGACUGAUGUAAAUAGUUGUCGGGUUAGAGGUCAGUCACCUCCCUCCCUCUCUCCCUCCCCUGACUCUGCUCCUUUUAUUACCCCCGUGGCAAUCCCUCCCUCCCUCCCUCUCCGGCUUUGGCGUAUUUGGGGGAAAAAAAAGAAAAACCCACCAACCACCCGACGAAACAAAACCCACCGUGUAUAUCGGGCAUCAGGUUGAUGGAGAGGUAUCCUCUCCCGGACGUCAGUUGAACAUCUGGGACCAAAGCGGAGAGCCUGGUUGGUGAGCCGGCGUGCCUCCCCCUCUGACCGAGAUCAGGAGAGGAGGUGAAUUUUCUGAAAUCCCUGGGCUUCCCUCCCUCCCUCUCCCCAUCCCCCCUUCGCCCCUCACCUCCCGGUUCCCCCCUCCGGGCCUCGGUAUUUCAGCAUUUAUUGGGUCGAUUCAUUUAUUCUGGGAAAUGUCCUCUGCUGGCCAGGCGCCAGAGAUUAAGAUAAAUAAAUAAGCCCACUCACGAAUGAUUCCCGCCCCCACCCCCGGCCCCCGCCGGAAUAACCGAGCGUGUUGGCAGAUUGGGGCUUCCCCAGACCCCGCUUCAGCUAUCGACGCGACUCGGCCUAUUGUCCCUCCCCAGCUGGUGCUGAGAUCGCCUGGCUGCGCUGAAGCUGGUGCGGAAAGAGAACCGUUAGAGGAAGUGACCUGGCUGGCUUCGGUUGUUCCAACUUUUACAACCAGGUUUCGGUGUGUUAUCCGUUUCCCUACGUUCGACCUAGCCUAGGUUAACUUUUUUUCGGGUAGAAAAACCACGAAAGCGGUAGGUGAUGUGCCGUACUGAAAGUGCGGUAGCUAUAAUCAGCCAGAUUUUUAUUGAUUUAUCUAUUUUGUCGAACCGACGUCGUGUUUCCCAGUGGUACCGAACGCCGAAGCGAACGAGUGUUCCGUACCGUGCUGUCCAUACUGUAUAUUCCUGUCCUUGAUUUUUCAGCUGUGAUACGACGGUUGCCGCUGAGCAUUAGAUUCAGUGGUGCAGACCUGGCUUCUGCUGUUUUAAGAAUUGUUAUUUUGUACUCUGUAGUAGACUCUUCUGAACCGGUGACACAUCCAUUUUCUCUUUUCUUUGGCGAAAUGCGAAAAGGAGGAGAAACCAGUGGAUGAGCAGAGGUGCCAUCUAGUAAAAGGCGGUGAAUAUUUAGACAGCCUCGCCUGGUUCUCCCUGCAUGCGGUCAGCACGAAGAGACGAUGGCGGGAAUGCCGUCUGUACUUUCGUUUGCUUCGGGGUGAGGCCUCAGGUAGGCCGGGGAGAGGCGACGCAGCUUUCGUUGACCAUCUUUCCUUGCCCCCAGUGUCAUUCGGCAAGGUGAUCUUUGAAAACUCUCAAGGGUGGCAGGCUUUUCCUCGGAGAUGUACCCUUCCCUCCUCGUCCGUCUGGUUGAGGUUUGCGUGAGCUUCAAAUACAAGAAGAGAGAGAAGAAGCGGAGGAGAAGAGGAGGACUAGAAUUUUGGGUCCAAACCUGGGUGGGCAGGGGACUAUGCCUGUGAACUGACAUUCUCCACUCCUUGGUUCCCGGCGCGAAGGAAGGGGAGAGGUACUUCCGUCUUUUCUCUGUAAAAACGAGAGCCCUGGAGACCCUUCACACUUUCAGUAUCAUGUUUCUGAACAACAGAACUCAACGUGGGAAGAUCGGUUGAUGGAACUGGAUGGCUGCGGUAUUUAAGGACAGCGGAAACUCAGGUUCACGGAUGCUAUUCUUUCAAAUCGGUUGUCUAGGGGGAUAGCUUGGUUCGCAAAGUGUGCUAUCGGCCGGCAGCCAGAGUGGGGGAAACCCCUCCCGAAGCUUGGUCAGCAGCUGAAUAACCCCCCCCCCAAACCCCCCCCCCCAACCCAAGAGAACCCCCCAAUUUGUUUCGGUGAAGCGACUUGACAUCCUUCGUAUUGUCAAUUAGGGCCUUGGUAUUUCGGACGCUUAUGGAACGAUGAUUUGAUUAGGUCAGGAUGAUACCUUGGGGGGGGGCGGGGGGUGAACCAGGCUACCUAUUUGGCUUACAGAGGCAGGUUUUCCAGAGCAUUAGUCACUUCCGGGAGGUAGGCUGGGUGCUCGGAAAGGCUCACUCGUUCCUUCGGGCCACGGGGGGACCCGUUUAGUGAUUCAUAAGGCCAGAAAAGGGGGUGAGGAGCUUCAGCACCAAGGAAAUCGAAUGUCCCUGGACGCCUGGAAGAGUGAUUGGAGCGACCUAAAUCCUAACCCGCUAUCAGGGAUUGGCUAAAACCCCAGAGAGAAGAAAGCUCAUCAUUUCUCCAGCUCUCCCUCAUCCCUCACAGUCUUCUAAUAUGUUGUCUGAGAUGCCUUCUCCACUCUGUAUCUGACUAGUAUUCAGGGAGCGGGAAGGGGCUUCCCCUAUUCUCAAUGAACUCUCCCCAGUGCAUGGGUAUUUCUUCCCUCCCUAUAUUUGGUGGUCUGUUCGUUUUUGCAGUGGAUAAUUUCCCAUUUUAUUAAAGCAAUAAGAUGUUCUAUCAUGUGCAUUUCCAGUUGACGAUUCUACUUCCUUGAUGCUGAACCUGUUCAUUCUCUUUUCCCUGUGAAAGACAGUGCUCUUAAGGCAGGCGAUGAGAAUUUCCUUUAGUGGACAGCCGGACAGUUAUGGGGUGAUUGUAAAAUUGCUCUUGGUCGCUUCAGUCAAGGGAGGGGAAGGGGGAAGGCGAUCAAAACGGUAUUUAGCUAUAGCUGAAUCAUUCUUGAACCUGUAAAAAUGAGUCCUUAAGCAAAAGGUCAAACGGCCACACACGCGAACAGUUCCCGGCUAGGAAUGAACUCGGAUUAAAUAUUGCUAGUCAUGCCGUUUGUAGAGGUGAUGUAGUUGACGACUCAAAUUUCAAACCCAACUAAAUUUCCUCGGAAUUCUAAGCUUCUGGUGGCGUCCCUUGAAAUUUCCUACGAGAUAGAAAUUGAAUCAUAUAAAAUAUCGGGAGAUUUUAAUGGCAGUUAUCACACCGACUGGUUGCAAUAAUUCAUGACCGUUUUGCACGGACCCCGGUUUCAAGAGCUGGUUUUUUUUUACAGGCUUUAAAUGAAUAGUCUCAGGAGAUGAGGGUGAAACCAGCGGGACAUAGAGGUAUUCAUUUCUAGGAAAUAAUAGGUAAGCUGGGAAUAACUGUACAAUUAUUUUAAGGAUUUCAGGGCUCCAGAUUCUGUUAGAGGCCCAAGAGCCGCAGCUGAACUUCAGCAUUUAGCAUUAAGAAGGAAUAGAACGGCAAGGUUCGUUACUAUUUGGGUUUAGAAAACCAUAAGGACAACAACGAAAAUGGAAGGAAUGGUGUCUGUCAAUCCUGGGGGCUUCUGAGGCAAAUAGACUUAUUAUUGUUAUUAGCUUCCUUAAGAUUUAUAUUCACAUAUAGAUACGUAUUUAUAUAUGUGCACAUUUUGUAUACAUUUAAAAUGGACAUUUUUGUAGUAUCUUUUCUGUGAUAUAUGAAUAAGAUAGAUACCCGACCAUCAUUGCAGCUUCUUAUCAAAAGGAAAUGUGCCGAGGAGUUAGAGGUAUGCAUGCGUUCUUUCUCUGGGUAACCGAGUGAUGAAAUGUCCUCUUUUUAAAAUGAACAACUGGAUUAACAAUUGGCUAAGAUUUUCUUUAUUCUUGGGUGAGUCACGUGGAGCGGUGGUGGCCCGAAGCAAUGUGGUCUACGUGGAAAGAGUUUUAGGGCCCGGUUAAGGUCCCAGAGUCAACGUCGAAAUGGAUACUGAUGGAGAUUUCAGUUGGGAACUUGAGCAGAGACUGAAGAAAGGCCGGAGAAUCAAUCCACUGGGGAAUCUGUGGAAUUCUGUGAUUUUUAAAAAGGCGAUGUGGACUGGAGAUGCAAAUCUUUCCUUGCCGAGGUUAUUCCACCAGGCUAAGGAUAAGGUAGGAAGGUCUCUGCUCCCCAGACUGCUUUCUCUAGAUUUUCAGAAGGACGGAGGGACUCGGUAGCAGAGUGCCGAGUCAUCAGAAUAAAAGACACUCCAUCGAUAUCGGGAGGCUUUGUUUGGCUUUUUAAAAAUCAAUUAGGAAUUUUAUUGUUGUUAAUUAGAAUUUUGGAUGCCGUUUCUCCUAAUGUCGCUUAGUCAUUCGAGAGAACAAAUCAAGUCCCAGACUUAAGACUGAGAAAAUAGCCAAUGGCUGCGGAGGCUCAGGCUAUUUAUGGAAGGCCAGGUUCUUUUCAUCCUCUUGCCUUUCCGAACUCUAACCGUGGGCUCCUAGUGACUUUAAAUUCAGAGUCCUGGACGCGCGGAGGCCCUGAAGAGCAAAUCCACCGCUAAGAACAGCAGCGUCAGCCUUACCCGUUUCAGAAGGUAGACCGCUCACGACGUAGACAGAGUCGGAAUAAGGCUCAUAGAGUGCCCAGUAGGUGCAGGGCCCGGGGCUGGGCAUUUGGACGGUUCUGACUUACGCGCCGAUGGUUAAUCGCUGGGUAAAUGUCUUAAGGAUAUUCUGCAGGUUGCGGGGAGCUUUCAAGCUCAGAAUGAAUCCCCACCACCUAGAUGCCGACUACCUUAUUCCAGGGGGACGCCUCUCAGUGGUUCAGAGCUGCAGCGCAAUUCAACGUAACGGUACCCCCAGAUUAAUUCAUCAGUCCAUAGCCUUUACUGAGCAGCUACUAUGUGAGGAGCAUAAUCCCUGCCCUCAAGAAGCUCACGGUCUAGCAGGGAGGCAGCCGCGAAAUAAUCUCCAGAAGAAAAGGAAAAACAGAAGCGUAGAAUUCAAGUUACUCUCCCACACUUUGGAAGGAUCAAACUCAUCCUCCCCAUGAUUCAGCCCUUGUGGUAAUUAUGAUUCAGGCAUGAGAAUCAUCUUCAUUAUUCAGAAUCUAGGACAAUAUCCUCUCACAAAGCAUAUCAUGAGAAUGACUCUACCGCAUUUGAAUGAUGGCACAAAUGGGCUCACCUCUCCAACGGCUUGCAUUUAAUUAGAGACCUAGGUCUUCUUUACGGCCGUGCUAAUUGGAGGGCUUCUUUUGUAUUUCUGUACAUGUACUCAUUCAUUCUCUUUCCCGGAGUCUAUUUACGAAAGGAAAAAUGCCAGCAACACAAACAUGGGGAUGAGGAUCCCUCCAUCAGGCAAGACAGCACCCUUUAUUUUGCUGUUGCUCUUGUUCUCCGGCUGACACAUGAAAAUCUACGAGUUUAUAACUUGGUUUCAUGUUAUUAUUUUGCUUGUCGAUAGUAGAGGCCUUAUAUAAAAUUUCAGUGGCGUUCUUCUCCUUCGAUAUCUAGUAGUCAAUUACUUUCUUGGGACUUUAUAAACUCCCUCUGGUGGCAAAUUCCAAAUCUCUCUUUUCGGGAAAAUUAAACCGAAGUGUAUAUAACCCUCCAGGUGGGUGUCUGAUCACGAGAACGGGGGGGGGGUUUGGUGGAUAUCGAGUUGCUGAUGUAUUUUCAUUAAAAAUUCUACUGUUAAGCCUA